CAUCUGAACUUGGGCUCAGACUGAGUCUGAAGUCUGAGUUUUGGUAUUCUUUGGCGUUUAGUGACGACCGUUCCAACCGGUCGUAGCGCUAGCGCCACUGUAGGAUAGGAGUCUACUCGCAGCUGAUGGGCAACUGCAAUUCUACCUUUGACGUGGAUUCGACAGGAGCGUUGAAAUUCAGCGCCAGCGGGAACGAAAUCCACGUGCUUGGCUCUGAUACCACCAGGCCCACCUCUCUGGAGGACACUCCUCCGCCCAACAGCUUCCUUGCGGCCGGUGUCGAGCUGGACGACCAGGAAGCGACACCGACCUUCGACGUGAAGGCCACUCUGGUUGCAGCGCAGCAAGCCGCCCUCAAGAUGCCUGCUGAGGCAAAAGUCUUGUCGCAGAUGGCAGGGGAGCUAUGUUCCGCCGCUUGCGAAGGUGAUUUGAAGACGUUGCAAGAGCUCAUCUCGAGUGGGCACGUGGUCAAUGCAGGCGACUAUGAUCGCCGCACAGCCAUCCACAUUGCAGCAGCGGAGGGCAAUGAGGAGGUGGUCGCUUUCUUGUUGUCCAAGCGAGCUGAUUCACAAGCAAAAGAUCGCUGGGGACAUACAGCCCUGGACGAAGCAACACGUGGAGGUCAUACAAAGGUUGUGCACCUCAUUCAAAAAGAGAUCCCCACGAAGAUCAGAAGUGCUGGAUUUUCCAGAGAGACGUCGGAUAUGGAGCAAGCGGCCAUGCUUUGCUCGGGAGCGGCGACUGGCAACCUUUCCCAGAUCCAGACUUUGCUGGAUGCCCGAGCCAGCCCUUCCUCGGCAGAUUAUGAUGGUCGAACUGCGCUCCACGUAGCCUGCAGUCACAAAAAUGCAGAGGUGGUGAAGUUGCUGUUGGCUGCUAAGGCCUCCUACAAUGCUCAUGACGCUUUUGGGCGAACUCCUGUUGAUGAGGCCCUCCACCACCAUGAUCCCUCAGUUUUGAAGGAACUCUUUCAAGCGGGAGCCAAUGUCUUGGAUAAUGAUGGCACCGCAAGUCAUGACGUGCAGGUCUUGAAAACCAUGGCAGCCACCGAGCACUGGCUUAUCCCCUCAGGGGAGGUAAAGUUCGACAAAUGUUUGUCGACAACGAUCAAGAGUGCAGUCUACGUUGCUACAUGGCGAGGGCUCAAGGUGGUGGCCAAAACGGUGAAAGAUGUGAAGAACUCCAGACUAAGUCUGCAGAAUAUGCAGAACAAGGUCGACGAUUCUACGGCCGCAGUCGCACGGCACGAGCUCAUGCACGAGAUGAGGACCCUGUCGACGCUGCGGCAUCCCGAUCUGGUUCUGUUUCUGGGGGCGAGUCUGGAUGGAGAUACCUCCUUCUUUCUCACAGAGUAUAUGGAGGGUGGAGAUGUGGAGAAUUACAUGAGGAACCAGCGGAAGAAGACUGGAAAGGAUGAUUUUAAGCCUCCUUUCAAUGUGGGUUUGCAGUGGUGCAUCUCCAUGGCGCGAGCAUUGUCCUUUCUUCAUGGCUGUUCAAGACCGAUCAUCCACCGGGAUUUCAAGCCUUUAAACCUGCUGCUGACCAAAGAUUUGAACUUGAAGGUCACAGACUUCGGGCUCAGCAAGAUCAUGCGGCCCAGAUUGUUGGAUCCCAAUUUGAAGGAUUUGACACCAGCGCCAAACAUGUCCGGCGGUGUUGGAACGUACCGAUACAUGGCUCCUGAAGUUGUCCGGUACGAGCAAUAUACCGACAAGAUUGACGUCUAUGCCAUGGCGCUGAUCAUGUACUACAUCCUAACAGGCAGAGUGCCCUUCUACGACCAAUUUGGCGCGGAGCCAGAAAGGAUCCUCCAGGCUUACAUUCGCAAAGAAGAGCCACGACCGACUUUAAACUCGUCCAUGGCCACCGCAGAGCUGCGGCAGCUGAUGUCUGACGCGUGGGCGAUUCAGGCAACAGACAGGCCUUCAGCGCAAGAGUGUGUGGAGCGAUUGUCCAUGAUCCCAACGCCCAGACAUAAGUUGUUUGGCAUCUUCUGAGAGCGCAAACGCCACGGAGGCAACCUGAUCGUGUGAACACA